GAUUCGGGCUCUCCCCGGGGAUCUCAGCCCCGGCCCGGCCCGGCGGAGGGCGGGGGCCCGGCCCGGCCGCGCCUCCUCGGUGCGGCCAUGGCGGGGCUGGAGGCGCUGUACGCCUCGGCCCGGGCCGCCGUGUCCCGGCCGCAGGAUGCGCUGCUCUGCGGCCUUCAUUGGGAGCUGGUUCGGCACGGCUACCGCUGCCUCGGUGCCGGGGAGCAGCCACGUCCUGAUGAACGAAAGUCGGAGCUGCUGCCUGCUGGCUGGGAAGCCAACAAGGAGGUGUACACGCUGCGCUACAAGUCCACAGAUGAUGCCCGUGAGCUGCUGCUUAAGGCCAUCAUGGUGGAGGACAGUAUGAUCGUUAAUGUCAUGGAUCGCACUUCUCAGAAGGUGGCAGAUGUGACCUUGGCGGUGGCCGACUACAUCAACCCAGAGUACCUGGAUGAUUUCCACAAGGUGUACAAGAACAUGGAGGAGCUGAGGGCAAAGAUCUCUUCAGGUAUCAUCGCCCCCCUCGGAGGCCCUGCAGAAAAGGAGAAGGAGCCCAAGGCAGAGAAGGAGGACCCUGUCUUGCCCAGGGGUUACGACCCCCUCAUGGCCCCUCCUCGGCAGCCUGCGGGCACGAGAGCGCCGUCCUGGCCUCGUCCCCUGAACCCCUUUGCUGUCGGUGGGGAAGACCUGGACCCUUUCGGAGGUCGGAGCGGGGGAAUGAUCCUCGAUCCUCUCCGGUCUGGGUUCCGGCAGCCGGGCAUUGACCCGUCGACAGGUCUGCCCAGCCGCCUUCCCCCAGGAGCAGUCCCACCAGGAGCCAGAUUCGACCCCUUUGGCCCCGUGGGGGCUGGCAGGGGCAGGCCAGAUCCUGACCACCUCCCCCCUCCGGGCUACGACGACAUGUUCAUGUGAGGACUCACCGAGUGGUUUCUCAGCUGGCUGCAGCCCGAGCAGUCUCCCGGGGAGCAGGAGCACUUUCCCCUCUUCGCUUCCCUCUUUGUUGGACUUUGAUGUUUUCAGCAGCGUUUUUCCUCUCCUCACUCGGGGCCACGUUCCUGGGCUUCAGACCGGCCAUAAAGGUUUCCAUAUGUUCAGAACAGAAGAGGGGGCAGUAGGUUUAUUUCUUUCUCUGCUCCUCCGAGGGUACCCAGCAGUGGGCAUGCAGCAAACGUGGGCCUGCCCCAUGCGAGGGCAGCGUGGGGAGCAGUGGGGCGUGCUGAGAGCAACCCUGGGCUGCCAGGUUCCCUCUGUUUCUUUGGGGUGGCAUCGCUUUCGCUGCUGGGGUUAAACGUGCAGGUGGUGCUGGGGAGGGAGCAGGUUCCCCAUGCAGAGGUGUUUUUUUCUCAUGCUUUUUAUCCGAGCAAAGAGCUGAUCAUUAUGAAGAGCUGAAGCCUGUCCCAGGGGGUCUCUGUGUCAUCAGCUUUGCAUGGCCGUGCCCGCUGGAUGUGAAGGCCACCAACACCAAGCUGUUAAUGUGCAUGAGAAGAGAGAGAGAUGGGAUUUCUGGCCCUACAGCCACGCUGUCCUUCAGUCCCGGGGCUGCACAUCAAACCUGCAGGCAGGCAGCACGGAGGGUGCCCGUUUGGCACCGUGGCAAGGAGGAGAUUUGGUGCUGGCGUGGCCACCGGGACCAGUGUUGGCUGUUUGGGCCUGGCAGAGCUGAAGGAUUUGGGAUUUGCUCUGCUGCAGGGCUGUACAGGAACACCAUUCCCUGCUGUCAGUCCCGUGGCGUGAGGCUGGUGAGGUUCUGCUUGGAGGGACUCUGCUGCCCCUCACCAGACAGCGCAGGGAGGUCUGCACAGCUCGGGAUCCGCAGCUCUUUCUGGAGCCCACCCCGUGUCGGGUAGUUUGGGGGCUGCAGUUUACUGGGUUCAUGCUUUGUUCUCGUGGUUUGGUUUCUUGGAAGGAUGUUGGAGUUUGAAAUAAAAACCUGACGACAGUG